AUGAGGCGAAGGGUGAGUUGGCGUUGUGCGCCGCCGGAAGAGCGUGAGAGAAGGAGCGGUGAAGGGAUGCAAGAGGAUGCAUGUUUAACGUUGCAUCUCCUCUCGUCCCAUUCCGCACACCACGGCCUUCUCAAGUUGUGGACGGUAAAUGUGCCCAUGCUCCUCUCUCGUUCUCUCUCUCGUGGCUUUGUUUUUCUUUACAGGUCCAAUAGUGUCAAGGGUCUUAUUUGCUUGGGCACUGCGUCGCCUGCUGCGAGCGGUGAAGGGAGCUCUCUUCUGAGCGAGGCUUCUCUGUUUGUUUCUUUAUCGGUGUCGCUGUUGGUGUAUCAAUGA